GCGGGGCUGCAGUCGGGGCCGGCCGCGAGGGGCCGCGCCGGGGUGUGGUGGCAGCUGCAGCAGCAGCAGGACCGGGGCUGGGGCCGGAGCCGGGCGCUUGUUGUUGUGCCCUUUGCUGCCGCCGCCGCCGCCGCGCCCCGCCCAGGGCUGGGACCGCCUAGCCCUGCGAGAGAUGAUGGUGCCGGCGCCGGGGUUAGCGUAGCCGCCCCCUCCCCCGGCAGCCGGAGCGCCGUCCUCGCCGCCUGCUGCUUCCCCGGCGCGGAGCGGGCAGGCAGCAGCGCCGGAGGAUGUCCGCCCCCGGCCGCGGCAAGAAGGACAAAGAGAUCAUCGCGGAGUACGAAAGUCAAGUGAAAGAAAUUCGAGCUCAACUGAUAGACCAGCAAAAAUGUCUGGAGCAGCAAACUGAAAUGAGGGUACAGCUUCUUCAGGACUUGCAGGAUUUCUUCCGCAAAAAAGCAGAAAUAGAGACGGAGUAUUCCCGAAAUCUAGAAAAAUUAGCAGAAAGAUUCAUGGCCAAAACAAGAAGCACAAAGGACCAUCAGCAGUACAAGAAAGACCAGAAUCUCUUAUCCCCCGUGAAUUGUUGGUACUUACUACUGAAUCAAGUGAGAAGAGAAAGCAAAGACCAUGCGACGUUGAGUGAUAUUUAUCUGAACAAUGUUAUCAUGCGCUUCAUGCAGAUAAGUGAAGAUUCCACCAGGAUGUUCAAAAAGAGCAAAGAGAUUGCAUUCCAGCUUCAUGAGGAUUUAAUGAAAGUUCUUAAUGAGCUUUACACGGUCAUGAAAACAUACCAUAUGUAUCAUGCAGAGAGCAUCAGUGCGGAAAGCAAGCUGAAGGAGGCGGAGAAGCAAGAAGAAAAACAGAUUGGGAGGUCAGGAGACCCUGUGUUUCAUAUUCGACUAGAGGAGAGACACCAGAGACGGAGUUCUGUGAAGAAGAUUGAAAAAAUGAAAGAAAAACGUCAAGCAAAAUACUCUGAAAACAAGCUGAAAUCUAUUAAAGCCCGAAAUGAGUACCUACUUACCCUUGAAGCAACCAACGCUUCUGUUUUCAAGUAUUAUAUUCAUGAUCUUUCAGAUUUAAUUGAUUGUUGCGAUCUUGGAUAUCAUGCAAGUCUGAACAGAGCCCUAAGAACAUAUCUCUCUGCAGAGUAUAAUCUUGAAACCUCCAGACAUGAGGGUCUAGACAUCAUUGAAAAUGCUGUUGACAGCUUGGAGCCACGAAGUGAUAAGCAGAGAUUUAUGGAGAUGUACCCCACUGCCUUUUGCCCACCAAUGAAAUUUGAGUUCCAGUCUCAUAUGGGUGAUGAGGUUUGUCAGGUCACUGCCCAGCAACCAGUACAAGCGGAGCUUAUGUUGAGGUAUCAGCAGCUACAGUCACGACUGGCCACACUUAAAAUUGAAAAUGAAGAGGUUAAAAAAACCACGGAAGCUACUUUACAAACAAUACAGGACAUGGUCACCAUCGAGGACUAUGAUGUUUCAGAAUGUUUCCAGCACAGUCGCUCUACAGAGUCUGUGAAGUCAACAGUCUCAGAGACAUACCUGAGCAAGCCCAGCAUUGCAAAAAGAAGAGCUAACCAGCAAGAGACUGAACAGUUCUAUUUCAUGAAAUUCAGAGAAUAUCUGGAGGGGAGUAAUCUUAUCACAAAACUUCAAGCAAAACAUGACUUGCUUCAGAGGACUCUUGGAGAAGGUCACAGAGCUGAAUACAUGACCACAAGGCCUCCAAAUCUUCCCCCUAAACCCCAGAAACACAGGAAGCUCAGACCCCGAUCACAAUAUAAUGCUAAGUUGUUUAAUGGUGAUUUGGAAUCAUUCAUCAAGGAUUCAGGACAAGUCAUUCCUCUCAUAGUGGAAAGCUGUAUCAGAUUUAUCAAUUUAUAUGGUCUUCAACAUCAGGGAAUUUUCAGAGUGUCUGGUUCCCAAGUGGAAGUCAAUGAUAUUAAAAAUUCAUUUGAAAGAGGUGAAAAUCCUUUGGCAGAUGACCAAAGUAACCAUGACAUUAACUCAGUUGCUGGAGUACUGAAGCUCUAUUUCCGAGGGCUGGAAAAUCCUCUCUUUCCUAAGGAAAGAUUUAAUGAUCUUAUUUCUUGUAUCAGAAUAGAUAAUCUCUAUGAGAGGGCUCUUCACAUCCGCAAACUCCUCCUGACUUUGCCCAGGUCAGUCCUUAUAGUGAUGAGGUACCUCUUUGCCUUCCUCAACCAUCUUUCACAGUACAGCGAUGAAAACAUGAUGGAUCCUUACAACUUGGCCAUUUGUUUUGGCCCAACCCUGAUGCCUGUUCCAGACAUACAAGACCAGGUGUCAUGUCAGGCUCAUGUGAAUGAAAUAAUCAAAACUAUCAUCAUCCAUCAUGAGGCCAUUUUUCCAGAUGCUAAGGAGCUUGAUGGCCCAGUUUAUGAAAAAUGUAUGGCUGGAGAUGAUUACUGUGACAGUCCCUAUAGUGAACAUGGUACAUUAGAGGAAGCAGACCAGGAUGCCAGCACAGAGCCCCACACCAGUGAAGAUGAAUGUGAACCUAUAGAAGCUAUAGCUAAGUUUGACUACAUGGGAAGAUCUGUACGAGAACUGUCCUUCAAAAAAGGAGCUUCCUUACUUCUAUAUCAUCGAGCAUCUGAAGACUGGUGGGAAGGAAGGCAUAAUGGAAUUGAUGGCCUUGUACCUCACCAAUACAUAGUGGUGCAGGAUAUGGAUGAUACAUUCUCAGAUACACUGAGCCAGAAGGCUGACAGUGAAGCUAGCAGUGGGCCAAUAACUGAGGACAAAUCCUCAUCCAAGGACAUGAAUUCUCCAACUGAUCGUCAUCCUGAUAUAUAUUUAGGAAGGCAAAGAAAGAGAUCUGAACCCCCAGCUCCUCAAAGACGCCCCGGAAGAACCAAUGAUGGUCACUGCCCUGUACAUCCACCACACACCCUCAGCAACUCCUCAGUGGAGCUAGGUUCCCCCAACACUGGAAGUCACUGCAGUCCUCGAACCCUCCUUCAGAAUCGUAACCUCAGCGCAGAUAGUCCUGAGAGAAGACGUAGGCCUGGGCAUGGCAGCCUUACCAACAUUAAUAGGCAUGACUCACUAAAGAAAAUUGAUAGCCCUCCAAUUAGAAGAUCAACAUCAUCUGGUCAGUACACAGGUUUCAAUGACCAUAAACCACUGGACCCAGAGUCAAUAGCUCAGGAUAUUGAAGAGACAAUGAAUACAGCUCUGAACGAACUUCGUGAGUUGGAACGCCAGAGCUCGGCAAAGCACGCCCCUGAUGUGGUGCUGGAUACAUUGGAACAAAUGAAAAAUUCUCCCACCCCUGCCACCUCGACAGAAUCCCUAAGUCCUCUCCAUAGUGUUGUAUUAAGAAGCACUGAGCCUCAGAUUCGACGUAGCACUAGUUCUUCCAGUGAUACAAUGAGUACUUUCAAGCCCAUGGUAGCUCCUAGAAUGGGAGUGCAGUUAAAACCCCCUGCCCUAAGGCCAAAACCCAUUGUUCUUCCCAAAACAAAUCCAAGCAUAGGACCUUCCCCUCCUUCCCAAGGUCCAACGGACAAGUCUUGCACAAUGUAAAAAGCUAGGCAGCCCUCAUAAGUAAGAGGGGGCCAUGUUACUGAAAGGAAUGAAUUAGUGAUAAAAGUCAGGGGUUCCAUAACAUAAUUAGUUCAUGUUUAUAACUGGAGAGGUCUUGUUUUUCAGUGUAUUUGAAUGUAACUAGCUACAUUACCAUGGGCAUUGGUAAUUUCUAUUGUUUCAAUUUUUUAAAAACUGGACAAUUGUGUGUCAUUAUAAAAACAAAACACAGACUUACUUGAAAACUUGAUGCUGCACCAUUUGUAAUAAAAGCAACACAAAUCACAAGUAGCUUCCCACAUUGUACCAUAUUUCACAGUCUUACGGUAGUUUACUUAAAUGAUCCUGUGCAAAGGUAAUGUGAAAGGAUUCAUAAGGGGAUGUGGAACCAUCACUAGAUCACUGGUUCCCAUCCCAGACUGGCUUGUGAAAAAUGGAAGUUAGUGUGUGAGACUUAUUCAUAGUUUCAUAGUAAUUAGGGGUCAGAAGGGACCUAAAUAGAUCAUCUAGUCUGACCCCCCACCACUGGCAGGAGCACACGCUGGGAUCACAUGACCCCAGACAGGUGUUCAUCCAACUUCUUUUUUAAUUUACCCAAGGUAGAAGCGAGGACCACUUGCCUAGGAAGUUGGUUCCAGAUCCUAGCUACCCUAACAGUGAAAUAGUGCCUCCUAAUCUCUAACCUGAACCUAUUCUCCAGCAGCUUCUGGCCAUUGUUCCUCGUCACCCCAGGUGCUGCUGGGGGGAAUAGGGCCCUUCCUAUUUGCUGCUGAUCUCCCCUAACGAGUUUGUAGGCAGCCACCAAAUCCCCCCUCAACCUCCGUUUGCUGACGCUGAACAGGUUCAGGUCCCUCAGCCUCUCCUCAUAGGGCCUGCCCUGUUGCCCUCCAACCAAGUGGGUGGCCCUCCUCUGAACCCUCUCAAGGCAGGCCACAUCCUUCUUAAAGUGCGGUGCCCAGAACUGAAUGCAGUACUCCAAUUGAGGCCAGACCAGUGUUGCAUAGAGGGAGAGUAUCAGCUCUCUGGACUGGCUUGAGAUGCUUGAGACCAGCUUAUUAAAGUACUUGUGUAAUGGACAGGAAAUUUCAGUCCACAGAAUUAUUUAAAAGACAAAAAUAAAACCAAAUGCCAUGCACAUCUUCACAAUUGGCACAAUGUAUUUAAGUAUCCUUGCUAGCAGUCUACUGAAUUGGUAUGCAGACUGCUUUACUCUCACUAAUAUAGUAUCACUUCUGGUCAGGGUUAAAGUAUAUUGCCAGGAUAGCGUGGAGAAAUUUCUUAUGCAGUCACCUGGUGUCCCUUUGCAGUGAAGCUAGAACUUCAGUUCUUGGGGCUAUCAGACACCUUUCACAAACACUAAAUUUGCUUAAAGUUUACAGUUCAGUGAUCCAAGGAUCUGGAUGCAUGCAAAUCUGUGGAUCUCUGUGCAGGACUAAAACGAGAGAGUAAAAGAAUCAGCUAAACUAUCAUUCAAGAAAAUGUUCCUCGGAACUUAUUACUUGGUAUUUAAAUAACUUAAGUUGAAAUAAUUAUAGUUUCCAGCUGCUGUAGCUUCAUUAGUUAGCCUACACAGUAAAAACAAUAUGCAGUUUCCUCAAUUACACUUACUAGAGUGAGUUCCUCUUGGGAGCUAGACUGACUCCUUCUAAUUAUGCAGGGGCUUGGUCAAAGGAUAGAUAUUUUAUGUUCUACUGCCUAGGAUCAAUCUGAAUAAAGUUUACCAGAACCACUUUUUCUCCCUCAUGUCCAUAUAUGAGUGAAGCCUUCACUUUGCUUAGUGCUUCAUUGUUUUCUGUUACAUGUAAACUAAUUGUACAGCUGUUUGCACAUUGUACACUAAGCCAUAACAUUAUUUCUGUGAAUAUUUUUUUCAAUGCCACCUGCCCAGUCUGUUGGGUAAUUUGCAGCAGGUUAGGCAACCAUGAAGACUGAUUUAUAAUAAGGAAUAUCUUACUGGUUGCUAUUACCUAAAAUAUCAUGGCCGAAACAAAAAAUCCAGCUGAUAUUCUGCUAUAAAAAUAAAACUGGUUUCACAUGCAGGUUGUCUUUCUACAUAGCAUUCGUUUCAUCUUACCAUUCUUUCCAUGGAACGUUUUAAGGUAUACUACUCACUAUACAGAAAGCUAACUGGGGAGAGAGGAGUGUUAAUGACUCAUUACAAAGAUUUGGUUAGCGUAUUGGAAUCUAGGUAAGAUGACAGAGACCAUGUCUUGUUGUCAUUUGAGAAUUAUUUAUUGCUGCUGGGGUUUGCUAAUUACAGAUAAGGGAACACAGAGCCCAGAAUAUGACAAAUAUCCCAUAAAGUACAUUCAAGAACAAGGCUAUCUGGGUCGUUCCCAUUGUUCCUAGUACUUGCACUCCAACUAGGGGAUCAAGGAGUCUAUAAGUACAUCUGUUUGGGGGAGGGGCUGUCAGAUAUUUAAAUUCUUAUCUACCAUGGUGAACCGUGAGGCACCGGUCGGAUCUACUGAGGUAACAACUGUGCACACAGUGUAACAAUCUGUCAAGUUUAUGUUUAAUUAUACACUUCUUGACUGUGCCCUGUAGUUGUAAGUUCCAUUGCAAGGUUCUAACUGAGGCCAGUCUCAGCUAUAGGCUAAAUUUAGUCUAUACUGUAGUUAUGUUCACCUGUCAAGAACUAGAAGUUAUCAAAUAGUUUCCAAAUUUACUAGGAUCAGUGGAACAAACUGGAAUUUCAGCUUUCAUUUACGUGCAGUUCUUGUCUAGUAUUUUUUUAAAUAACCUAUGUGGCAUAAUUGAGAUGGAUACCUGUAUCUUUAAAUUACAUAGGGAAUUUUGUAUGUUUAAAUAACUGUACUGGACUCCAUAAUGCUUAUAUUAGAAAUUGUUUAGCAAAAGAAAAUAUUAGAAACAGUGCAUUUAGUGAAUGCAUCCACUUAAAGCAUUCACACAAGUUAAAUGUGUAGUUUGAUGGUUAUUAUAGAUACUUAAAAGUAUAGUAAGUGGAUAUGUAACAGGAAAGACUGAUACAACUACAGACGCACUAAAGGGUAACUCCUGCACACCUAAUCAAAUCAGUAUUGUCCUUUACUGUCAGUUUGAUAAAUUGCAGUACUGGUAGCUGCCUGCUUGUUGACUGUUACCUAAUUGUGUCUAUGUACAUCUGUAGUAUGUACAUGUGAAAGUGCCUUUAAAAUUUUAGAGGAGCUUUAGCCUUGCUCUUGUACUGUUGCAUUUCCAUUGCGUUCCUCCUUGCGCUUAUAUUGUUGCAUUUUCAUGAAAUUUUCCCUGCUCUUGUAUAGCUGCAUUGCCAUUGCAUUCCUUCCGUUCUCAAAGAACAAAAAAAGUUGAAUUUACACAGUUCUGGAAGAAAAAUGUACUGUUAAUCUGUUGUGACAAUGCACUUUUAUGUAUAGUACUGUACAUUUUGGCAUGUACCAUUACAAGCUUCAGUAUACAUUCAGAUUUGUUCCUCAUAGUGUAUCUUUAUAAUAAAGAAAAUAGUUCUGUC